AUGGCUGAAGCUACCCUUCCUCCCCGUCGCAUCGUGUCCUUCCCCGGCGCGCAAGGCACGGCGGCAGUCGAGUCUACCGACCACCUCUCCCUCGUUUUUGACGUUGAGCUGGACUUGAGCGACCCGCAACUGCGCGCGACUUUCCCGCUACCGAAGGACGAGGUGCCGCUGCGCGGGGACUGGGCGUGCAAGGUUUUCUGGCGAGGCGACGAGCUCGUUUGCGCGAUACGACACGGUGACCUCCCUCAUGGCGCACUCGGUUGGCGGACCUUCUGGCGAGGCGGGCUCUGGUGGCGCGACACCGGCUCGGGUGGCGCAAUAUGCAGAUAUGGCUACGACCGGAGCAGGGAUCCUCGCCCCAACAAGGACGACGCGGGCGUCCUCUUCACUGGGUUAGACUUGACGGUCCCGAGGGAGGCAUUCAAAAGCGCAUCGACACAUUCCAAUGGUGUCUACACUUCUGAAACCCAUCGCCAGUACCGCAUCGUCUUCGAGUUGCGGCAGGACAAGCGCUGUCCGACCCUCAAUCCAGCAGGCGUACUCAACCGACUUCCUGAUCUCGAGCUGGGCCCAUAUGCACGCGAUGCACGAAGCGACUUCCUCGUUCGAUUGUCGCCCUACUUCAAGACGCUGCUGGCAUCUGGUUUCGCUGAAUCUGUCUCGGUGCCCUCGAAGCGGGCACGAAGAACGUGGGACAAGCCUCUCUCUACGGCAGACGAGCUUGGCGACGAAGACGUCCAGGAUUCGGACGAUGAUACCGAUGAGCUCUAUAUCGAGAAGCACCCGCCUCAGCCUCAGACUGCGGACGAUGAGGCCAAGGGCGCGUAUAAGGAGAUCAAGAUCACCAAGACGGCCUUCUCGACGUAUCGAGCCGUCCUCGCCUAUCUUCGCACCGGGCACAUCGCCUUCGCACCGCUGUCAUCGAGCGACCCUAUCGACAAGGAUACGUCGAAAUCGUUUCGCAGAGAAUGCAUCGAGGACGCUGUCGAUGACGACCCGACACUCCCCUACCCUGUCUCUCCUAAGUCGACAUACCGCCUUGCCCAUCUUCUCGAACUUCCGCGUCUUCAAAGCCAGUGCCUCGCCGAGCUUGAGGAGCGGUUGACUGUAUACAGCGCGCCACACGAGCUCUUCGACGGCGCCUCCGUCUGCUACGAUGCGUGGCGACGGACCAUUAUCACGUUCGUUGCGGAGCAUUGGCGGGAUGUGAAGGGGUCGUCAAACUGA